AUGCUUUAUCAGCCGAGCAUGGGUGCUGGAGCAGACACUAGUGAAGCUUCCACCCAUAAAUAUGCUGGUAGCUCGUUCUUCAGAGGUGAUGUAUGCAGACCCAUUGCAGCACCAAUGAACGAGUCGAUGUUCCAACUAGUCAUUUCAGAGUGGGCAUUUCCUUUAGUGGAUGCUCUGUCAAAGAUUACUUCAACUGGUGCCAUGACUUAUGCUUUCAUCCAAGCCAUUGAGCGUGGACAUGGAAAUACAUAUGGGAACAUGUUGAAUGCAAUGCAAUCUUCCAUACGUAACACACAUAAGGAUCAUGGAGGUGGAAUUGUGACGUCUCUUAUCUCCAUGCUUUUGACAGGAGGCAGUCUUGGUGGACUGAGACAGAUAUGA